GGCGGCCAUUUCUUAAAGUUUUUUGUUGUUGCUCGCAAAAGAGAGAAUUUUUCGUAAAUUUGGUGAAAAUUCAGCUACUCUCUGGCUAUUUUCCACGCGAAUACGCGAGUAUUGGUGGUGAUCUUGUGCGCUACAGUGGAAAAGGCAAUGAGGAGUGGAGCAACGCGACAGAGAACCAAGGAAUCCAUGUAAAAUGCAAGCAAUCGGACUUACAACGGUGGAAAAAGGAGAUUUAUACUGAGAUCGUCAAAGGAUUCCUGACAGUUUUCGGGCGGAAAGAUGGGAGACAAGGACAUUCCCAGUGUUCCCACAACAACACUGGCCGGAUUGACCGAUUUAUCUGACUUCCUCAGUGAACUACCAUUAAGUGAUCCGGCUCUUGUCACAUCGCUCCUGGACAAAUCGCUUCUCUUCCAUCCGCGUGUGGCCGAAGAGGCGCGGAAUCUGCUGGCCGUGCAGGAUGUCAAUCGCGUUCAGCAGCUCGUGAGAGCCCUUGAGCAAACCAAUGCAGAUCAAAUCGAAAUCCUGGACGAAUUCAACGUUAUAGAAUCGAGUUCGGCGCAACAAAAUGUGCCGGAACUCCUGCAGGCCAUCUACAAAUUCAGGCCUAAUGUCUUUCAAGAGGGAAGAUCUUCCUUUGGCGCGGCUGCUGCUGGAUCCAGUUCUGUGCUCAAUUGGGCCGCCCAGACGCCGGCGCAGGCGUAUGCGGAGCCCCAGCAACCGCAGGUGUUCAUGGGGCAGCAACAGCAGCAGCAGGCGCAGACGCAAGUGAUCUACCAGCAGCCGAACAUCAUCCAGAGCACUAUGAACUAUGAUGGAUCGGUGCUGCAGCAGUCGCACGUGAUGCAGCACGUGCCACAGGCUCAUCCAUCGCCACAGGCGCAGCCCGUUCAGCUGGUGAUGACGCCACAGCAGUCGCCAUACGAGGCGCAGUACUCACAGCAGCAGCACGCUCAGCAUCAGACGGUGCAGCCAGUGCAGCACACCUCAGUGGUCGUGACGCAGCCUCAGCGACAGACAAAUGUGGCGUUGAAGUCGCAGAUUCACCAGCAAAGUCAGGGACUUCAGUCCUUUCCCACGUACAAUGCGAUCGUGGAGAACACAGCGGUGCAGCCGGUGAUUCAGCAGCACCAGCAGGCAGUGCAGGUGAUACAGCAGCCGCAAUCUCAGGCACAACAGCAAUUCCCAGUGCAAGCGCAACAAAUGCCACAGACGCCUCAAGGGCAGGUUCAAACGCAGAGUGAGUCUGGCGGCGUGAUUAGGCAGUUGAAUGCGGAGCCGUUGACGCAAAAGUUGGCCCCGAGGAACAAUGAGUAUCUGGCGCAGCAGCAGCAAAACAAGAACUUUGACUCGAGGGGUCAAUCACCGGCACAGGCGGUCGAUGCAGUGGCUGUGGCUGAAUCAUCCAGUGUCAACACGGAUCUGCGAUAUCCGAUGGUGAAGAAUAGCACAAUGCAUCAGCCUGAGGAGCAAUCAGUUGAUCAGCACGUGAGAAAUUGCGUGCAGCCACAAGAGCACAGUGCGACGGCGAACUGCACAGACAAGGAUAAGGCGGGGAAUGAUGUGGAGAUGGAUGAUGAGACAACAAGGGCUCUCGGUGGGCGAAUGGCGAAAGUAUGUCUCAAUCGAUUGACGAAGGAGGAACUGGAAAAGACACUAGGAGGCAGCAAUGCCGAGUCUGACUCUCUAUUUAGUAGGAUGAAAGCGACGGAACGCAAACGAAGAGUUCCUGAAAACAGCGAAAAACCAGAUGAGGAAUUAAUAUCAAAACCAAAAUUGCGACGAAUUGAGAGGGUGUUGAUGCCUGUGCUGAAGAAGUUGGAUGACCACGAACUGCUAAACUCGAAUACAUAUAAUCACUUCAACGCAACAAUGGAGAAGAUUUUCGAUCAACUCGAUGAGACUGAAGCGAAUUUAAGUUUGGAUGACUGUGAUGAUAACUAUGAAUGCAUUUCGACGGCGCUAUUGAACAGUAUCAGUGCAGAGGCGGCAAAGUUGAAGGUGAAGGGCUCCUUCGAGAUGUUACCGCAGAAUAAGUUGUCACUCUUGAUUACGUAUGCCUUAAGGAGUGUCGCUGUGGCGAAGAAUCUUUCUGCUGGGCCAGACAUGCAAGAGGAGCUCGUGUCACGGACGUACAUUGAGAAGAUUGUGAAUGCACUGGAGGCGUCGCUGCUUGUGUGCAACAUCUACAGUUGUCUCAAUGUAAAGUUUCUGCAGGAGGACAAUUUGGAUUUUAUCAUCAAGUUUGUGCAAUUUCAACUACGUGAAACGAUAUUUCCGUCAUAUGAUGCUGUGUAUUCGGUGGAGACGAAGAAGAAGAGUGACAACAAGAAGAAGAAAACGGGAUAUGGACAGGUCAAAGGUGUUGGAACGAUUUACUCAAAGAUUGUCGAUCUCACAAAGGUACUCGUGACAAUCUUCUCAAGGUUCCAGUUUGAGGACACCAUUGUAAUUCAUGCAUCGGCAAUUGGUGUGGAGCCAUUCUUUGUCGACAACAUUGAUACGCUGCAGUUUGUGUGUUUGGAUCUCGUGACAACGAUCUUCAAGAAUGAGAAAUACUCUAAGCAUCGAAAUAACAUUCUGGCGGAUAUUCUCACGUCGCUGGAUCGCUUGCAUGGGUCCAAGAAGAUGCUGCGACCGUACAAGUUGGCCAAUAAUGGUGGAAACAUCCAAAUGGUCACCGCUCUGGUGCUGCAGUUAAUUCAGUGUUCAGUUGUGUUACCGGACAGUAUGUGUGAGAGUGUUAAUCACAAGAAGCGCAUCAAUAGUGACCAGAAACCACGCACAGAUAAGGAUAUCUUCAUAUCGGAGAAGUACGAGACGGCAAAGUGUAUUGGUGGCAAUUUCCUGCAGACAUUUCUCAGCAAGUGUAAGCCAAGAUCGGGUGAAACAGACUUCCGUCCACUGUUUGAGAAUUUCAUCCAGGAUCUCUUGACGACGGUGAAUAAGCCAGAGUGGCCGGCAGCGGAGCUGCUGCUGAGCCUCCUUGGUCGAUUGCUGUACCGCAAUAUGUCGGAUAAAUCUGUGGAGCAGUCAAUUAGGCUGGUAUCGUUGGAAUAUUUGGGCCUCGUGACGGCAAGACUGAGGAAGGACACGGUGGAGUCGCGGUGUAAGGUCAGCACAAUGGAUCAGAUGAUAAAGUACAUCAAGAUUGAGCAGGAGAAGGAAGGUGAUCUCGCGAAUGUGGAUUCAAUAGCACAACUCGAUCCGGAUGAGGAGAGAGUGGAGUUCCUGCAGAAGAUACUACUUGACUUUUUGGCUGUGAAUGCACAUGAGGAUAAUAUCUGGGACCAUGCGAGGCACUUCUAUCUGACACAGUGGUACAGAGACAUCAUGAAUCGCAAGAAGGAGAUUGCUGAUGGGAAGAAGGGUUAUGCCACGAGGAAGACGCCCAAGAAGAAGCGACGAAAUGCGUCAGAGUCAUCGGAGAGUGAAGAGGAGAGUGAGGAUGAGAUUGAGAGGGAGAAGAAGAAGUCUGGUGUGGAUCAGGAGUUGAAUCUCGAGAUUUUUCGUAUACUGGAUCAGCGAAAAAAGUAUCUCAUCGACAAUAUAAAAUCAUACUCAUUGAAUAAUAUGGCGGUGCAGGAUGUGAAGACGUACAUUGACUACAACAAUGCUCAAUUGAUUGCACAAUACCUGAGUGGUCGACGAUCAUUCUCGCAGAGUUUCGAUCUCUAUCUGCGACAGAUCAUCAAAGUUGUGUGUGAGCAGUCAAUUGCCAUACGCACCAAGGCGAUCAAGUGCUUGGGGAAUAUUGUGGAGGUGGAUCCGUCGAUACUGACGAGGAAGGAUAUGCAGAUGGGUGUGAAUCACAAGUUCCUCGAUCAGUCCAUUGCUGUACGAGAGGCUGCUGUAGAUUUAAUAGGAAAAUAUGUGUUGACUAGUCCUGAACUGAUAAAUCAGUAUUAUGAAAUGCUAUCACACCGGAUAUUGGACACGGGAGUUUCAGUGCGAAAGCGUGUUAUCAAGAUUCUCCGUGACAUUUGCCUCGAGUAUCCGGAUUUCGACAAGAUCCCAGAGAUUUGUAUGAAGAUGAUAAGGCGGGUGAAUGACGAGGAGGGCAUUCAGAAGCUGGUGACUGAUGUUUUUCUCAACAUGUGGUUCUCGCCGGUCAGUUCUGGUGAUAAAGAUGCCGUUGGAAGGAAAAUCACCCAAAUUACCGAUGUUGUGAAUGUCUCAUUGGAGAAUACACAGUGGCUGGAUGGACUUCUCAGGAGUAUUUUUAAACCAAAAGAAAAUAAGGAGGACACAACGAAGACACCAAAAGAACCGCCAAAGCAGAUUGUCACAGCGUGUGAGCAAAUAGCCGAUGGCUUGGUGGAUGCUAUCAUGAAGCUGGAGGGCACGGACAAUAGGAAGAUGCUGGGAUGCAUCACGACCAUGCAUUUGUUUGCCAAAAUUCGACCACAACUCCUCGUGAAGCACGCCAUAACGCUGGAGCCGUACUUGAACAUUAAAUGCAACUCGAUGAGCAUGAUUAAGUUUCUGAGUUGUGUGGCGGAAAUAUUGGAAUAUGUGGUGCCGCUCAUGGAGCAUCCCAGUGACUCCUUCCUCGCCGACUUGGAGGCGCAUCUCACGAUGUUGAUUGUGUCACAAAAUAGAACCGUUGUCAGUAGUUGCAUCUCGUGCUUGGGCGCCAUUGUGAACAAGCUGACGAAGAAUUAUGCCCUGAUACGUGAUUGCUUCAAGAGGUUUUUCUACCCUUAUCUGCUAACAUACAAGGAGAAGGGUCAACAGAAUCCGAAUUUCACCUUUGAUAUGGUCUUCAAGUCGCCAGGCUUUCGUCGAAGUAUCUUCAUUGUGGGUCUCCUAAUGCGAUAUUUUGACUUCAAUGUGGCUGAAGUGUACGGCGAGGGCAGUCGCAAUGGGUUACCGGCAAAGAUCUGCGAUGAAGUGUUUGACACAUUCAUGUAUUACGUGGUGUGUCACAAUUUGGACAUCAGGAAGGAGAUACUGAAUGCUCUUGGUUACUUCUGCGUGAAAAACUAUGAGUAUCUGACAAUGCCACAGCUCAAAGACUUCUACAGAGAUCUUCUGACAUCAGAAACCGUCCAGACGGACAUUAAAGUCAAUGUGGUGAAGAAUAUCUUGCUGUAUCUGAGCGAGGAAGAUCAAAGAAUGGAUCAGGAUGAGAAAGAAUGGGAGAGUCAAGCCAAGAAGGAGGAUUUGAAAGAAAUGGGCGAUCUAAAGGCGGGAAUGGCGUCAAGGGUUAUUCAGCUGUACCUGAAGGAGAUCUUGGAGUGUUUCCUCAAUUGUGACAUUCAAUUGCGCAUCUGGUCAAUGAAAGUGGUCGAUGCAGUUCUCACUCAAGGUCUUGUGCAUCCAAUUCAAAUAGUACCCUAUCUUAUAUGCCUGAGUACAGAUUGUGAGAACUCGGUAUCAAAUUCAGCUGAUCGACAUCUGCAAGAGAUUGAGAAGCAACAUCCUGGCUUUAUCAAUAUGAAAUCCCACGCGGGCAUUCAAUUGUCGUACAACUUGCAGAAGCUGCUGCAAGUCAAUGAGAAGACCAAUAUUGUUCGUGGAUGCAGGGCGAAAGAAAAGGGUGAACCACAGUCAGCGCUCACGGGAUUCCUGUAUACACUGUUGAGGAAUGCCAAGCCACAGAGAAGGGCACUGAUUCAAUCAAUCAUCAAGCAAUUUGACAAUCAGAAAGUGGAUUUGCGUCGAAUGUUGUAUCUCACUGACAAUUUGGCGUACUAUCCGUAUGCAGUGCAGGACGAACCGCUGUACAUCAUUCAUCAGAUUGACGUUGUGGUCACUGUGACGGGGACAAAUUUGCUGAGUAACUUCCGUGAGGGUCUCAAGCAAGAGCAGCCAGCAAAUCCGGGUGAAGAACAGCCAAAUAUUCUGGAUGACGAUGAUGAUGAUGACAAGGAGGCCAUCCUGAAUCGACUUCCUGAGAAUUUGGCUGAUCUCCAGAGUUGCAUAACGGCUGCUCAGGGUUGUAUGCUCCUGCUGUUGUUGAAGCAACAUCUUAAGGAUUGCUAUGGAAUCACAGAUAGUAAAAUCACUCGAUACUCACCAUCGGAGCCGGCGAAAAUCUAUGAGAAAGCAAUGCAAAAGCGUGCAAUCUUAGAGUUUAAUCCAAAAUCAACGAUUGACAUCAUCAAAGAGGAGGAGUCCAUUGGCAUGGAGAUGAAUGAGACUGUGAGGAAGAAGCUGGUCGAUAGAUAUUUGGAUUUCAAGCAAUUGAUGCUGAAGUUGGAUCCUGAGGAUUCAGACGAUGAGGAGACCGCAAAGCCACCAUUGACGACGGUUGUGGACUUUGAGCAGCAAAUCGAGAGCUUCUCCACAACGCCUCAUGUAAAUAAUGUGAUGAAUAACUCAGUGCAGCCAAACGCAGUGAAUAAUGUUGUUAAUUCGACAAAUCAGUCAUCCUAUACGCAAUCAGGUGUUGAUCCUCUUGCAACAUCGCAUCAGUCACACAACCAAGUGACGACAAAGACCCCAAUUAAGGCGAGUCCGGUGAAGAAGACGCCCGCACGCAAGGCACAAACGAAGAGGAAGAAGAAGAGGGUGUCUUCCAGUGACGAAGAAGACUACGAUAACAGUGAUAGUGAUUAUCUGUAAGAGGGAGACAGGGAUUAAGAAGAUCACAGUGUGUACAUAGAAAAUUAUCCGGAGGAGUCGAAAGAGAGAGAGAGACAGUCAGACUCCAGAUGUGCGCGAGUAUUCCAAUUGUAAUAUAUCUAAUAACGGAGACAUAUUGUCAGAUUGCUGGCAAGAGACACAGAAUGAAGAAUCACUAAAGGUCACUCAACCAAUUAAAAUUAUAAAUAGAAAUUAGAUUAUAUAAAUACGAUAAUUGAUGAGAAAAAUGUAUAGCGAUAAGAGAUUUUCUACAUAAAUGAAUGAUCCUUUAAAUUAAAUUUAAUUAGCAAUAAGAAUUGUAUAAAGAAUUACACCCAUACAUAAUUUAAAUAUACAUUUACAUUAUAUAGAGAGAUCUUGAAGUAUAUAUAUAUACAAUUUAUUGUAAUAAUAAUAAAAACUAUGAAAAUCUUAGCGAUACUGUUGAGUUGAGCAAAGAAAAGGGCGAGCGGAACUUAAUUUAUUUCGAAAUCAAUCUUUAUUUCUAUUAGUAAUAAAUUCUUAAAUAAUGUCUUCGCGUGAGAAGUUGUAGCGAAAUAGAGAGCAAAUUAUAAAUACAUAUAUUUGAAAUACGGGAUGAGAAAAAAAAUAUUUAAAAACUGAAGUCGUAGACGUAGAUUAACUCUUAGCUAUUGUACAUUUUUUUCAUUUUUUCUCAUUAAAUGGAAAAAAAGAGAAAAGUUAAUAUAUAAAUUCAGUGCGAAAUAAUAUUAUUUCAUCUCAUGCAGAUUUAAAUAAAAAAAAACAAUAUUUGUGCGGAGUAAUUUAGACGAGAAACAAAUAAAGAAGAAAAGAACAUUUUGAGAAUAUUAAAAAAAAAAUUGAUGAGUUUUAUAUUUUUAUAUGUGUAAAAUUAAAUCUAGACGAAAAUGGUAAUAUAGAGAGAUAUCAAUAUUUAAUACGAGCAGAUUGUUGCUCCUAAGCAAAAAAAAACUAUAUAAUUUAUUGAAGAAAAAAAACAAGUGAAAAGAUAUGCAAAAAUGACGAUUGAGAUAGUAAAUUUUGAAAGAAAAGUAAAAAAAAAAAGGAAUUACAAAAACUGCGAAAUAAAAAGUCGUUGUAUUAAUGAGAAAAUUAUAACUGUAAUCACCCACAUAAAUGACGUGACAAUUUGUAAAAUUGAAACAGUUUCGAUGAAUUGUGACUUAUGUGGUGGAUAAAAUACAAAUUAUUAUAAUUGUAAGAUUGAAGAUGUGAGAAGAAUGGGAAUGGGUUGGGAAAAGUAUGUAAAUUACAGACGAAAUAUAAAUUGAUGAUGAAA